AUGAGACGAUACGUGGCCAUCCAGCCCAGUGACACCGACACCGCCGGCGAUAUAGGGCCCUCCGGGGCUGAGCUUCUGGUGGCAAAACGACGCCGCAUAGGCGUUUCGGUGGCCUGUAAUGCCUGCCGUCGGAAGAAGAUCAGAGUAUGUCUCAUGUCUCGGGUCCUCGUCAAGACGAAGUGCCCAGACGAUUCAGAGCUCUCACAGGAGUCUCGGGUCCUCCUGAUCGAGGUGAUUCGUCUCCUGAACGGUGUUCCCGACGAGGAAGCGGUAAGGAGACUCCGCGAGCUUAGGAAGGAGAUUGACACCUCGGUUAUCAUGUCCACCCUGAGACAGGUCGGGGACCCGGGUCAUGCGCCCCGAGAAAAGUCCAUCUCAACUCACUCGAUGGGCGAUUCCUUCCAGAUCCUGGAACUUGCGCCUCAAAAUCCAAACGCAUAUCUCCCCCUUACCGACAUGAACUGGCAAACUCUACAGGAAGCAACCUAUCAACAGCUCAUCCAGCCGGCCUGCCACAAGCCCGAACCUGGGCCCCAUCAGGCUGGCGAGGAGGGCGUGUCAGAUAGCGGCCACGGCCUCUGCGACUCCCGGCUUGCAAAACUCAACAUAACUGAGUGGACCGACGUGUCCGUCACGAGCGAGCUUGCGGCUCACGCCAUUUCUUUGUAUCUGGAGACCGAUCACCCGCUGCUGGGGUUCUUCGAGCCCGACUUGUUCAUAAGAGACCUUGUCAAUGGCGGGACAGUAUACUGUUCCUCACUGCUGGUGAACUCCCUUCUUUACUGGGCUUGUCAAAUGAACAACGCAAAUGACCCUGGCAGCGGCGUGCUUGCAUUCCAAUUUUGCCAAGCGGCAGAGAGAUUGUGGCAAGAGGAGAAGCAUGUCGACUCUCUGCUCAACGUGGCCGCAGUACUGUUCCUGAGCAUCGGCUACCUCGGUCAUGGAAGGAACCAUGCCGUGCUGUCGUACCUCAGCAACGCCUGUCAUAUGGCUGUGCGGAUGCGUCUAUUCGGAGUCGGCCAUGACCUUGCGCAGCAAGCCGCAAGCACAUUGUCCCCAGAGGCGAGGAGAGCCCAUACUCAGGCGGCUUGGGGAGCGUUCAACUGGGCAACCCACAUGUCUCUGUUUUACCGUCAGCCAGGGCUGUCAUGCCCAGAAUCACCACCCGUCUUGCCGCCGCCUGGAGAUGACGAGCAGGACGGCGGGGAGGAGCCGGCGCCGCCGGACUACAUGGGCGGUGUGUUCCCCUACUUGUGCCGGUUCUGGUCCAUCGUACACGAAGUCGCCCUGCUGUCCAGAGGCGACGGAGGUUCCCCUGCCCCUGAGCAGCAGAGCCUGCGCUUCGUCGAGUACAAGUUCCGCGAGCUGUUGGCGUGGAGCAACGGCCUGCCUUAUGGACUAUCACGGGGUGAUCAAAACCCGCAUUACGUGCAGGUCUUGCAUAUCUGGUUCCAUACCGCCAUCCUCGACCUCUUCAGACACGUCAUCAGCGGUCCGUUGCGGCAUGAGCGCCUACCAACCUUUGCGAUGCCCAUGAGCUCCUCGGAGAAAGUCUACGAGGCAUCAGUCAGCCAACUCAAACAGCUCAUUGUGAACUACAGGUUAAACUUCACAUCUUCAUCCUACACAAUCUUGUGGCACGUUGCCUUGACGUACCUGGCGAAUGCAGUCCUGUACGAGCCGAAAGAGGAAAAUUGGCUAUUCUAUUUUCUGCUCUGCGUAUACGGCUACGAGCGACUCCGGCCCUCCUGGCGCGUCACAAAAUCCAUAUCGACGGCCUUGUUGUCGCUGGCGCUACGCAAGGGCGACAUAUCGAGUCCCACGGCGCGCCGAAUUCUCUCCGACAUUGAGCAGACUGCUGGCGCUGACCAGUCUCCCGACAGUGAGGGUAUCAGGGCAACCUUCAUGGCGGAUCUGCAUCUGGCAAGGUCUGAUCCGCAAUCUGCCACGGUGGAGAGAUUGGCCGAUGACUUCGAGGCCAACAUUCUGCUGCAAGAAUACACCAACGCUUUCGGAGCAGAUGACCCUGUUGAUCAUUAA